GGGAGUGAACACACCUGAUUUGCAAAAGAGGAGGGAGCGUGGGUGAGACGGGGCGUCUGCUCAAUGUUACACGUCAUUGAGAAAAGUGGCGAUGAGGCUAUUCUUGCAGUACCUCGUUGAUGAGAAAAGGGCUAUCGACCUAGGACAAAAUGGAUGCUGUAUACAUGGCUGGAUUAAUGAAUAGAUCAGAAGGAGAGGGAAUAUCUAUAUAUGAAAAAUCCCAAGAUUCCGGUCCUUUACUCUCUGCUGAAAAUACAUAAAGAUAUAAAAAACCCGCCCGGUAGACCAAUUGUGUCUGGCAUAAAUUCAAUAUCAUGCAAUAUUUCAGAAUAUGUCGAUAAAAUAUUACAAAAAUAUGUAGUAAGCUUGCCCAGUUACCUAAAAGACUCAACUCAAGUAAUCAGAGAUUUGCAAAAAGUACAACUAAAACAAGGAACAUUUUUAUGUACCUUGGAUGUUAAAUCCUUGUACACUUCAAUUCAACACGAAUUAGGAAUAAGAGCCGUGUCACACUACCUAGAAAAAGACCAUGACAUGCCGACCAACCAGAAGGAAUUUAUAAUAGAGGCCAUCUCCUAUAUACUAAACCAUAACUAUUUCUGGUUUGAGGAUAGAUACUAUUUGCAGAUAUGGGGCACCGCCAUGGGAACGAGAUUCGCCCCCAGCUAUGCAAAUUUGUUCCUGGGUCACUGGGAACAGCAAAAUAUAACACCUAAGCUGGGGGGUGAUCUCGUCCUAUGGCGAAGCUUCAUAGAUGACAUAGUCUUUUUAUGGCAGGGAUCGGAAGUAGAAAUGUUAAAAUUUGUCAAUGACAUAAAUAAAAAUGAUCAAAAUCUAGAAUUAACUUCCACCUACAGUCAGGAAACAAUAAAUUUCCUAGACCUAGAAAUAAGAAAGAAUAAAAACAGUGAUUUCCUGGACUUUAAAACCUAUUUUAAAAAGGUAGAUGUCUGUAACUAUGUAUUAAGUACUAGUAAUCACAACCCUACAUGGCUUAAGAACAUCCCAUAUGGACAAUUUUGUCGCUUAAAGAAAAAUUGUUCUAACCCAAUAGAGUUGGAAAAUCAACUAAAUCAUGUGUCAGAGCGGUUUAAACAGAGAGGGUAUAAAAAUAAACUCAUUCAAAAAGCAAGGAAACAACUAACGAAAAUAGAUAGAACAGAUUUAUUAAAAGAAAAAAUGAAAAAGCAAAUAACGAAUAAACAACUGGGCCUAUCUUUUAUCACUUCAUACACCCCGGGGGCACAAGAAAUAAAAAGGAUUCUAAACAGACAUUGGAAUAUCCUGGAAGAAGAUGAACUCCUAAAAGGAAAAAUCCCCCAAAAACCUAAAGUUAUAUAUAAAAGAGCAAACAACCUGAGCCAAAUGAUGAGUGCGUAAUUUCUUUUUUUUUUUGUAACUUAAAUUUUAUUUGGUUUAGCAUUUAAGUUUCCAAGCAUAAUAAAAGCACAAGGUACAGACAUAACAGGAAAAAAAGUCAUGUAUAUCGUUUUCACAAAGUUCUCAGUUGGUAAAAAAGAAGGAGUGUGGGAGUUAACAUGGAUGUCAGAGUAAACGUACAGAGUUACAGAGAUGGUUGGAAAACAUUGAACGACCAGAGGGCUUGAAGUAUAGGUCAAUGAAGCAAUAGAGAUGCAAGAGGCCUGCAAUAGACAAUCAUCAGCAAUACAAUUAUCAACAUCCUUAUUCUCAUUCCCCCCUUCCACCAUACGCGUUUGAGAUACAUAAUAGACCCAUUUCGACCAAACAGCGUCAUGCUUAGGCAAGGAUCCGCGAUGUUUGGCCGUCAUUUCUUCCAUUAAUUUCAUAUCCCUGAUACGGGAAAUUGUCUCGCCUAUGGAUGGGGCACGAGAAGACUUCCAAUUGGAAGUAAUAGACAAUCUGGCCGCAGUGUAAAUGAAAUUCAGAAGCUUCUGUUCUGGGGGGGAGAUGCCUACAUGAGGUAGGCCUAGUAUUGCAUUAGAGGCCUGAAUUGGGAUCUCAUAGAAAAAGAGUUUCGUCACCAGAUCCCUAACCGCUUUCCAAAAUGCAGAUAGUCUCGGACAGGACCACAAUAUAUGGGAGAGAGAGCCCUCCUGUCCACAAGCCCUCCAGCACAGCGCUGAGGUAGUUGGAUACAUUUUGCUUAAUUUCACCGGGGUAUAGUACCAAUGGAAGAUAGCCUUGUAAACGCUCUCUUUCUGUCUUACACAAGUGACACUUCUCCUGGCAUUCUCCCAUAUGUCCUGCCAUUGUUCCAAGGUGUAAGUGGUGGAGAGCUCUCUUUCCCAUUGUAGCAUAUACCUAUGUUUAGGAAACGGUUCCUCUAAUACAGUGUUAAGUACAGAAUAAAUAGUCGAGAUCAACGCUUUCUGUGGCAGACCCCGGAGACACGUCCUUUCAAAGAACGUCAGUGAGCGAGAUGGAGGACGCCCCUGGAACACCCCCUUAAUGAAAUGUAGAAUUUGCAAAAAGUCAUAACACCAGGUCUGGGGGAUUUGAUACUUCUCUUGAAGUUCUGCGAACGAGUGGACUCUAUUCUCCAAUGGCUUGAGAAAAUCAUAUAUUCUAAAGAGGCCCUUGGAACCCCAACGGUUCUGGAAGGCGGGAGACAUCCCCGGGAUAAAGCGAGGAUUAGCCAGAAGUUGUGCCGCUUCGUAGUAUCUGCGGAUAUUGGGUACUGCCAAUCCCCCCUGAGAUCUAUUCAUAGACAUUACCUUUCUGGAGACUCUGUGUCUCGACUUCGCCCAAAUGAACUUAAAAAACAUGGUUUGAUGAGUGCGUAAUUUCAUCCCCACAGAGAGAACACAAAUAAAGAAACCGAAGGGUGAAUGGAAAGGCUUUUUUCCUUGUGCACUCUGUAAAGCCUGUAGGUAUGGAAAGAAAGGGACACAAUUCACAUCAAAUGUCACAAAAAGGGAAUAUAACAUUGACCAAUGUAUCAAAUGCACAACACAAAAUGUGAUAUACUGUUUAGAAUGCUCCUGUGGCCUCCAAUACAUCGGCAAAACUAAUAGGAAACUAAGGGAAAGAAUUAAUGAACAUGUAAGGAACAUAGAAAGGGGAGUUAUGAACCAUAGUGUGUCAAAACACUUCAAAGAGCACCAUAAUCAGAAAGCUAAAGAUUUAAAAUUCUGGGGUGCAAGCAUAGUACAAAGAGAUUGGAGAGGGGGUGAUCUAAUAAGGAAAACAUUACAAGAGGAGAGCAAAUGGAUUCACAAAAUGCACACCUUCAUACCACAAGGGUUAAAUAUAGACAUAAACCUAAGAGCAUUUUUAUGAAAGUAAAACAUAUAAAAAAGAAAAACAAAAAAUAAUAUAAAAAAACACAAAAUUUAUAAAAAAGUAUUGAACACAAAAACUAACGAGAAAAAUUAAGAAAAGGGAGAAAAAUACACAAUCACAUUGUGAGUAAGAUUUUAAUUAUGGGUAUAUCACAAGAAAAGCACUGCAUGCCUUUCUCUAUAGGAUAUAAAAAAAAGAGAUAAAGGAAAUAGAGAAUAGAAGAGUAAAGGAAUAACAUAAGGUGAAUAAACUAGAAAGGAAUGUGUGAAAUAAAAUUCUUUUUUGAAAUUAGAAGAAA